AUGUCAAUUCCGAAUAUUGCAACUAGAAUCCACUUGAAGACCGCACCAACAACCGAUGUUAAUCUUAACUUCGGUGAAGAAGAUUCUACCUUUGAAAUCAAACAAGUUCCAGUAUCGGCCGAUUUAAAAAGUGGUGAAAUAUUAGUUAAAACCUUAUAUCUUUCAAAUGACCCUACACAGCGUACUUGGAUUCAAAAAGGUCUGAAUCCAGCAAGGGCAUAUAUCCCCCCAAUUUUAGAAGGUGACAUUAUGCUAGCUGCUGGUAUCGGCGAGAUUGUAAAGAGUAAUUCGGAAAAAUACAAGGUUGGUGACAUUAUCACCAGUAGAAUGCAAUGGGCUGAUUACAUUGUGUUGAAUGAAGCCCAGGUAAAUGCAGUUAUUGAUCCCAGUGCUGGAUUCCCCUUACCUUAUUAUUUAUCUGUUUUUGGUCUUACCUCUUUGACAGCAUUAUUUGGCUGGACUGAAGCCGGGAAACUCAAACGUCUUUUAGAGAAUCCUGAAGAAGGUAAGAAUCUUACUGUUUGUGUUUCCGCUGCAUCUGGUGCAACUGGAUCCAUGGCAAUUCAAAUUGCUAAACAUAUCUUGGGCAUUGGAAAAGUUAUUGGUAUUACUGGGUCAGAUGAAAAAUGUAAGCUUGUUGAAGGAAUCGGUGCUGAUUUAUGUGUUAAUUUCAAUGAUCCAGAGUACAAGACUAAAAUCUCAGAAUACGUUGGUAAUGAAUUUAUUGAUGUUUAUUUCGACAAUGUUGGUGGAGAAAUAUUAAGUUUUCUCUUAACUAAGAUUAAGAAAUUUGGAAGAAUUGUUGCAUGUGGAGCAAUCUCUGGUUAUCAAAAUAGAGAACUUUCGAAAGUUACAAACUGGAAUGAAAUCAUUACCAGUAGUUUAACGGUAGAAGGUUUUAUUGUUUUAAACUAUAGAAAUAAAUUCCCAGAAGGUAUCAAAACACUUGUUGGUGCAAUUCAAUCCGGUAAAAUUAAGGCUAAAGGUUCUUAUAAUGUUGAGGAAUUGACUGGAGAUGAUCCAAUUGAACGUUUACAACAGAUUCCUCAAAUUUGGAAAACUUUGUUUACUGGUAAACCAGCUGGUAAGUUACUUACAAAGGUUGCCUAA